CGCGCCGGGAGAGGCGAGGCGGGGCGGGGCCGGGCGCGACGGGAAGGGGAGGACGCGCCCGCCGGGCUGCAGCCGCCGCCGCGCACCGAGCGCCGUGAUGGGGCUGGAGACUGAGAAAGCAGACGUCCAGCUCUUCAUGGACGACGAUGCCUACAGCCACCACAGCGGCGUCGACUACGCGGACCUGGAUAAGUUCGCGGACUCGGGCUCCGACCGGGAUCCCCACCGGCUCAACUCGCAUCUCAAGGUGGGCUUCGAGGAUGUGAUUGCAGAGCCGGUGUCUACACACUCCUCUGACAAAGUGUGGAUUUGCAGCAAUGCCCUCUUUGAAAUCAGCAAAUACGUGAUCUAUAAGUUCCUGACGUUGUUCCUGGCUAUCCCCAUGGCCUUCGCUGCAGGAAUUCUCUUUGCCACCCUCAGCUGUCUGCACAUCUGGAUUAUAAUGCCUUUUGUAAAGACCUGCCUAAUGGUCCUGCCUUCGGUGCAGACAAUAUGGAAGAGUGUAACAGAUGUUGUCAUUGCCCCAUUGUGCACAAGUGUAGGACGCAGCUUCUCUUCUGUCAGCCUGCAACUGAGUCAUGACUGAACACUGGGACCCCAGGUCUGGAGUUCUGGAUACUGUAAUACUUCUUGGUUGUUAUAAUGUAAAAGCACUACUGUUCUGUUCUAAGCAUUCCCAACUGUUCUAAUUAAGAAAAUUUUUAAGAUUGGCAACCACAUUUAGAAAUGUUUAUUGGCAGAUCUUUUCAAUAAUGCCUUUCUAAUUAAUAGUCAAGGAUUUCACUUCUAACUUUAGAGCCAGAAUUAUACAGUGGGUUGGCAACACUUAAUUUUAAAGGCAGUUUUUACUUUAGUACAAAAGUACACAUUUUAUAAUGAUGAAUUUAUAAAGAUCAAGGGACAUUUCUCAAACACUAUAAUAGUUCUGUGCACAACUGCUUGUAAAAUUAUGGAAUUUCUUAUUUUUUUACUCUGAAAGUAAUACUUUUAAAAUUACCUUUGCAGAUAAAGUCAUGGGAAUACUUACAAAAAAGAUAUACAAAGAUCCUAGAAAUUAUAGUAACAAAAGCAUGCAGUGGUGAUAGGCGCUAUCAAAUAUAACAGGACAAAUAAAUGUGAAAAUAGAUAAUGAACGUGUGUACCUUUAAAUAAGAUAUUGUUAACCUACAGGUCUAUUUAAUAAGAUGUUUCAUUGUACUGUAUAUUUUGUACUUAAUGUAAAUGUUGCUCUAAUCAGAUUGCUUUUAAGUACUUUUAUUGUAUUUGUUAUCUUGUUGAACUAAUAUAUAGAAUGAGUAAAUGUCUCUUUCAUGGGGAACUUCAUUGGUGAGAUUGCACUGUCUUGAUUAUGUAAGCAUAUAUAUAUCUUCUUUGGGAAUAGAAUGUAAAAGAGUGAUAUACAAGGUUUUUCUUUCUAACUUUUCCAAGCAAAACCCUGAAAUGUUUUAUGACUGAGCUUUUUCUGGCUGUGACCUUAAAAUUAAUCCAAAUCUAAUUGGUAUUUCAUCUGGGAGAUGCUUUCACUCUUGUAGUUAGAAAUUAAACUUGUGGGGCGCCUGGGUGGCUCAGUCAGCUGGGUGUCUGCCUUUGGCUCG